AUGUCCAGCCUUAAAGACGAAAAGGUCUUUCACGACGAAGGGGACGGCACUGUCGAGGAUGUCGACAUCAUCCCCUCCGACCUCCCCGUCCACCUUGGAGAGGAUGUGGCCUACGGCCCAAGCGGCAUUGCCGGUGUCAUUCAGUCCCCUUUCGUGUUUGCUGCUGCCCUUAUUGCCUCUAUGGGUGGUUUCUCCUUUGGGUACGACCAAGGUGUGAUUUCCAUCAUCAAUGUCAUGGACCAGUUCCACGACGUCUUCCCAUACGCAACCAGCGGCUUUGGAAAGGGAUUCAUGACAGCAAUGUUGGAGUUCGGUGCCUUCAUUGGCUGCUUCUUUAUGCCUUGGCUUGCAGACAAAAUUUCACGAAAGAAGGCCAUUUUUGUAGUGACGAUUUUCUUCAAUGUGGGCGCUGUGCUGCAGACCGCGGCCGUCAACUAUGAGAUGCUUGUUCUGGGCCGCACAAUUGGUGGAAUUGGAGUGGGAACUCUUGCAAUGGGUGCUCCUUUGUAUAUUUCCGAAAUCGCCCCCCCUAACCUCCGCGGUACCCUACUUGUCCUUGAGUCGAUUUCGAUCUGUCUCGGCGUCGUUGUCUCGUUUUAUAUCACCUAUGGAACCCGUCACAUGGAUGGAGAGAUCGCGUUCCGCCUUCCUCUCGGCCUCCAGAUGGUCUCCGCCACUAUCGUCGGUUUCGGCAUCUUCUUCUUCCCAUACUCGCCACGCUGGCUCGCCCUUGUUGGACGCAACGAAGAUGCUCUUGCCAAUCUAUCCCGAAUGCGCCGUCUUCCUGCAGAUGAUGAGCGGGUUCAGACUGAAUACAAGGGAAUCGUUGCUGAGGCCCAGUUCCAGAAGACCGUCCUCGAGCGCCGCCACCCCGGCAAGCACGGUAUCAGACUCGAAAUUCUCACCUGGUUGGACCUAUUUAGUCCUAAUACUUGGAGGAGAACUGUUGUUGGUUGCGGAGUGGCUUUUUUUCAACAAUUUAGUGGGAUCAACGCCUUCAUUUACUACGCUCCAACGCUCUUCCAGUCCCUAGGACAAAGCGAACAGAUGGCUCUCGAUAUGUCUGGUGUUUUUAACAUCCUUCAGUUCGUUGCCGUCUGUGUCUGCUUCUUUAUAAUCGACCGGGUGGGCCGACGCCCCCUCGCUAUCUUCGGCGGCCUCGGCGGCCUCGUUUCCUGGGGAAUUAUGGCUAUUCUUGUCGGCCUUUUCUCUGACAACUGGAAGGCACACUCCGCUGCAGGCUGGGGAGCUGUUGCUAUGGCUUUUAUGUUUAUCCUGACUUAUGGAGUCUCUUACUCGCCCCUCGGCUGGGCUCUACCCUCCGAAGUCUUUCCCACCGCAACUCGAUCAAAGGGCGUCGCCUUGUCCACCGCAACCGUCUGGCUUUGCAAUUUCAUUAUAGGCCUUAUUACGCCGCCUAUGAUAGAGAAUAUCGGCUUCGGAACGUAUGUAUUCUUCGCCUGCUGGUGCGGAUUAGCUGCCGUAUGGGCGUUUUUCCUUGUGCCUGAAACAAAGGGCAAAACACUUGAACAGAUGGACGAGGUUUUCGGAGACAACAGCGGGCAAGAGGAGAGGGAGAUUAUGCAGUCUACGGCAGCCCAGGUGAUGCGUUCUGGCGUCCCUACCCAGCAGGUCUGA